ACAAAGCUUGUUACUAAUGCUAUAACAGAAGUAAAAUUUUCUUUUUACAGUUCUUGGUGACUGGGAUUCUUGGAUGCUUUGCCACUAAGCGCAUUCCAAACAGUACAAGACCGAAAGCACCCUUGGUUGGCACCUACUUGGCAUUCUCCAUUGUGGGAACUGUUUUUGCUGGAACGAUGAUAAUUUGCUAUGGCAUGGGAAUGGCCUUUCUGCUGGGUGGGAGAUCAUGCUCUUAUAAGACAUAUACAGUACGCAGGUGUGAGGCGGGAUUUGGAUGUACAUGGCACACAGUGUCUGUAGCUGAUAAAUGCCGAGCAAGUGUUGGAUUGGGUGCCAUGAUCAUCAUCUUUGCCAUUUUUGAGUUUGGUGUUGGUAUCUGGUCUUCCAUCUGCUGUUGUAUGGGUUAUGAUGGCUGUUGCUGUGACACAUCUACUCCACAACAAAUGCACCAAGGACAGAUUGUCUACCUUCAAACACAAGGAGGUCCUGUUGCUGCUUAUGUCAUGACCCAGGGACCUAAUGGGAUGCCUGUGGCUGUCCCAGCAAUGACUGGAGCACCUGUCCAUCCAGUACCAAACCAGUCUGCGGUUGGACAAGGGUAUAUGAUGGAGAAUCCAGCAGGUGCACAAGCUAUGACACCUACACAACAGGUACAGGGUUUUCCAACCUCCACCGCCCAGCAACCAGUAGUGACAACUCAACAGGCAUCCAAUGCUUCCACCACUGGCAAUAAAGUGUAACUCCAGCUUCAGUGUCUGAUAUACUCUUGAUAAAGAAAAAGACAUUUUUCAAUGUUUAACACAUGGUUUUAGACUCAGUUUAUAGCUUAGAAUAUCAUUUAACACUAUUAACCGAGAGUGUUAAACACUUUAAAGUUAAAUUUUUAGAACCCUUAUUAAGUCAAAGACAAGACAAGACAAAGUAAAAAUUACAAAUAAGACGGUCUAGCAGGUCGAACGUUAAAGUAUCAUAUUUGUCAUUGAUGUUUACUUUUAUAUAAGUUUUUUUAAAGCUAAUAAGCUUCGUCAUCUUCUAAAGUUGCGCAUUUAUUUUUUCUUGGUUAAAAAGGCAGUCAAACUGCAAACUUUUAUUGUAAACUGCAGACUCGUAAUGAUUAAUAUAGAUAAGCUUAAAUAAAGAGCAUUUAAGAAGUGUGAUUA